CCAAGCUGAGUGAGCCAUGUCUUCUGCAACAUAAAUACCUACAUUUCUCUACUGGUGACAUCUUGAUCCUUAUAAUUGGAUGGGUUGUAUUUCUUUCAAUUUGACAUGGUUGAUCAUGCAGUGUGGCUGUGGCUGAUGUAGCUUAUUAGUCUUUGAGCCAAAUACAUACCAACGCAUCAGAUUUCGCUGUCAAGUUAACAUAAUUGCCACUAGAGAACAAAGGAUUAUGAUUGGGAAUAACAUUCUUUUGUUUGUUCGAUAGGAUCACGAUUUUCUUCCGUCUUAAUCUUAAUUUCCACAGGAAAUCAAAGGAUUGGACCAAACCGAACCGGGUUCAGUGCUGAUUCGGCUUUAAUUGAAUCGGGCGAUCCAUCGAUUAAAACACCCACAAUCGGUGGCUUAGUGAACACGGUAUUCGCAUAUAUCGUCGUUAUAAUAGCCAUCUCUGGAUCGAAAGAACAAGAACGGUAGAUGAUGCCUUGGUAUUUGGUUACGGCUUUGCUCACUCUCCUCGCCAGUUACCAGGGAAUUUUGACAACACUGUCACAAAGUCAUGGAAAAUACAGAUAUGAUUAUGCUACUGUUCCAUUUCUUGCAGAAGUAUUUAAGGUGAAAGGUUGUGGAGAGGCAUCUUGUGAUUCCCUUUUCUCAGCACCUAUCAAGGGUUACAUGCUCGGGCUCCUGUCUGCUUGUCUUUCCGCUUUAGUUGGUGUUUAUACAGAAUACCUGAUGAAGAAGAACAAUGACAGCCUAUACUGGCAGAAUGUGCAGUUAUAUAUGUUUGGCGCAAUUUUUAACAUGGCAUGGCUUAAGCUGGAUGAUUUUAGAGCUGGAUUUGAAUAUGGACCCUGGUGGCAACGUCUCCUUGAUGGAUACACUGUUACAACAUGGCUGGUUGUGUUAAAUCUUGGUUCUUCUGGCUUACUAGUUUCGUGGUUGAUGAAAUAUGCAGAUAAUAUUGUGAAGAUGUACUUUGCUCUUGCUCAAACGUUUGUAGACUUGCCAGCAACAACAAAUUUGGCCUUGGACACCCUAAAGGAAAUUGCUGCUGAGCGAAGAGGGGAAUCAUGAUUCUGUUGAUAGAUAAGCUCAAAUAACUGGAAUCUGUUGGUCAAGUGUGAUGGUAUUUCAGAUAAAUUAUUUCAAAGGUGAAAAAGAGAAAAACUGUAAAAUCUUUUGGUUUGGAGAACGAGAUUGCUCGAAGAUGAGUAGAGCAAAUCAUUGGACAGGAAACUCCAGUUCCGCAGCACGAAGCGCUUACAUAUCCAGAACC